AUGCUCAAGAACUCAACUUGGAAACUCGAGGAUACCAACUUGGCCGAAUUCGGUAGCCAACUCGAGAAGGACCGCCGUAAGGAAGAAGGCGCUCUGGAAGAGGCUUGGGGGCCAGAUACAGGUGUUGGAUCAGAGACAGGUCUGUGGACCUGGCGGAUUGAGCAGUUCCAGGUCGUGGCAGUGCCCAAGAAGGACUAUGGCCGGUUUUACACCGGCGACAGCUAUAUUGUUUUGAAUACGUACGCAAAGGAGGACUCGGAUGCACUCCUGUACGAUAUACAUUUCUGGCUGGGCGAAAAAACCAGCCAAGACGAGGCUGGUACUGCCGCCUACAAGACUGUCGAGCUGGACGAUUACCUAGACGGAAAACCCAUCCAACACCGUGAGGUCGACGGCCACGAGUCCAGGUUAUUUCUGUCCUAUUUCGCAACCUUUUCAACCCACGCCGGCGCAGUCGCCUCUGGGUUCCAUCACUGGACCGAACCUGAGUACAUUUCUCGCCUGCUGAUGGUCAAGUCUGCACCGAACAAGGGUGGCCACAAGUCCUCGGUCGUGGUUCGCGAAGUCCCCGCGUCGAUGAUGAACAGUGGGGAUGUCUUUAUUUUGGAUACGGGCAAGAUCCUGUACCAGUGGAACGGAAAGGAGAGUUCGGGAGUCGAAAGGGUCAAGGGCGCAGAGUAUGUACAUGGGAUUAGGGCUGAUCGCGCCGGUGCAAUUGACGUCGAGACCUUUGAUGAGGGCGACCGAGAUCAGAGGAUCUUUUGGACGGCGCUUGGAGGUGAGGCCGAGGUGAAGCCUGCAGAGGCCGUUUCUGAAGAGCCUGAUUAUGUCAAGAAACUGUUCCGAUUGAGUAACGCCAGCGGAAAACUCGAGUUCACGCUAGAGGGAUCAGGUCCUGAAGUGUCGCAGGAGCUCUUGGACACGAACGAUGUCUUCAUUCUGGACGUCCACCACGAGAUCUUUGUCUGGGUUGGCGCGGGUGCGAAUGCGGAAGAGCAUCGAAAUGGACUGCAUUAUGCACAGUCAUAUCUGAAGCGCGAAGGACUUGCGAGCCAGACGCCGAUCUCGAAGGUGAUGGAGGAAGGGGACCACACCAUGUUUGAUAACGCCUUGAACCGAUUCUAG